AUGGAAUUUCCAUUUGACAUAAAUUAUAUAUUACCUUAUGAAAUAACAAUAUUCAAUGGAGAUUAUCGAGUUCUUAAUAAAGGACAAACAACUCGAAUAUUUACUUCUGAAAAAUUAACAUCCGUUAUUGAUGCUAUGGGCGAAGCUUCAUAUAGAGCUCAAGGAUUAUCUGGUGCAGUAACAACUACACGUAAAUUUCGUGUAUCUGAUCAUCGUUUAUAUAUUAUUAAAAAAGCAAAUGAGAAUAAUAAUUUAAGUAUUGUUAUUGGUAUACUCAAAGUUGGUGCAAAACAUUUAUAUAUUUAUGAUACAAAUGGUACAGUAUAUGAACGAACUCCAUUAUGUGUAUUGGAUUUUUAUGUUCAUGAAAGUAAACAAAGAUUAGGUUAUGGUAAACGAUUAUUUGAUACUAUGCUUGAAUUUGAAAAAUGUGCUCCUUAUGAAUUAGCUAUUGAUCGUCCAUCGAAUAAAUGUUUAGCAUUUCUUAAUAAACAUUAUCAUCUUUCAGCACCAAUUCAUCAAGUUAAUAAUUUUGUUGUUUAUCCUGCAUUUUUUAAUCAAUCUCCUAUUGCUAUAAAUAAUACGCCUUCGGCAUCAAAACAACAUACAGAAUCGAUUUCAUGGUUAUCACCAACAUCAGAAAGACAACAACGUCGACCAUUUUCCGAACAAAUUGAUUUUGGUCGAAAUCAAAAAAUGAGAACAUUAUCAAAUGAAAAUGAAAUGUUUGGCAAUUAUCAGCAAACUCCAAUAAUUCGAUUAAAACAUCCAUCAAUCAAAACUCAGUUAGAAAACACAUCUAUCGUUCAAGAAAUUAAGUUUUUGUGUCUUACUGCUUUUCUUAAUAUAAAAACUGUGCUUAAUGAACCUUGUUUACUUGAAUUAUCGAAUGCAUUAUUUACUGCAAGUUGUUCAUGGCUUGUUCAUCUUGCAUCGUUAUCUAAUCAAGUAGAAAAUGAAGAAGUAAUACAGAUGAUUAAACAAUUACCAUUAACAUCAAAAUCACAUCGACAAUUAAGUUAUAUUCCUGAAUUUAUCAUGGAAAAUAUAACAGAUUAUCUUGUUUUUCUUGGUCGAUUUAAUGUACAAUUAUUCGAAUCUCUCUCAUCUGUUAAUGAAUAUGUUACUCUCGUUCUUGUAUUUAUGGGUGAUGCAAGUCGUUUACGUAAUCCUCAUUUACGUGCUGCAUUAGCUGAAGCAUUUGAAGCUAUUUUACCAAAUAAACAACAUGGUGGUGGUCGAACAUUAAAUAGUGCAUUUGCUGAAGCUAUUUUUACUCAUCAUCCUUUAAUUGAACAUUUACCACGUGUUCUUCUUGAUGUAUUUGUAUCAAUUGAAUUAACUGGUCAAGCAGUAGCAUUUGAACAAAAAUUUAAUUAUCGUCGUCCAAUGUAUGAAAUAUUAGAAUAUCUUUGGAAAUUUGAUAAACAUCGAGAACAAGUCAAAAAACUUGCAGCCUAUGCUGAAGAACAUAUUGAUGAUGCUGAAGCUCCACUUUUCUUACGUUUUAUUAAUUUACUUAUGAAUGAUGCAAAUUUUUUAUUAGAUGAAGCUUUAUCUCAAAUGGCUCGUUUAAAAGAAAAUCAAGAAGCAAUGGAUCGUGGUGAAUGGGAUAGUAUGCCUCAAGAACAAAGACGAGAUCUAGAAAAUACAUUUCGACAUACAGGUCAAACAGCUCGUUAUACAAAUAUUAUGGGUCUUAAAACAUUGAUUAUUCUUGAUAUGAUAACACGAAGUAUUCAAUCAAUAUUUUGUCGACCAGCUAUUUGUGAACGACUUGCUUUAAUGGUUAAUUAUUUUCUUCAACAUUUGGUUGGACCUAAAAGACGAAAUUUAAAAGUACGAAAUCUGAAUGAAUAUCAAUUUGAACCACAAAAACUUGUUGCAAAAGUAACAGAUAUUUAUUUAAAUUUUUCUGAACAUGAUGAAUUUUGUACUGCUGUUUGUAAUGAUGGAAUGUCCUAUAAUGAACAAUUAUUUCCACAAGCAGUUGAAGUACUUGAACGUAUUGGACAUCCAAGAGAAAGAAUUGAUGCUUUUCUUAAACUCAGUGAACAUAUUAAAGUAAGCAAAUAA